CGGUCUUUGGAAUGACAUGCUUCUACUUGGAGCCGGAACUCCUUCCAACCGGGAGCGACGACAAGCUAUAGACCCGCAAAGAGAUUCUCGUUCAAGCCCUCACGUUAACUCAAAUUAUGGUUAUGCUGCUGCACAACCUGUUGUCUGUAAAUGCGAAGCAGCUAAUAAUUGCCCAGCUGGACCUGCAGGACCUCCAGGUGCUCAAGGAGAGGCUGGAGUUGCUGGAAUUGGAGGCAAACCAGGAAUUCCUGGUGAGGAUGCUCCAGAUUGGCAAAAUGCACCUUUCAAGGGUUGCAUUAAUUGUCCUCAUGGUCCACAAGGUUCACCAGGAGAGGCUGGACGUCCAGGAGUUAGAGGAAUGCGUGAGCUAAAGGUUAGAUUGAUUUUCAAGUUAUUUCAACACUUUGUAUUUAAAUUCUCUAUAGGAUCACCAGGAAUGCCUGGACGUGAUGGUGUUCCUGGAUUGCCUGGAAUUCAAGGUCAAGAAGGAAAGCCGGGAGAUGACGGUCCUAUUGGGAAGUCGGGAGUAGUCUUAAGGUUUUAA